GGAGAAGGAAAACUGCGCGGCGGCGGCUCUGGGUGCGCCGGCCACCAAGCCAGCGGCAAACAUCUGCCUGACUUCACAGCAGCCGCUGGCACCGCCGGGACAGACAGGGCCGGCGCCUAGUCGCUGCGCUCUGGUAAGUGCCGCGUUCGCUGCUCAGGAGGGAAAGAAACUUUUAGAUGUCGUUGUUUGCCCGCCUUUCUUGCUUUGCUCUGAGGGGAGUGCCCUGAGGAAGCCGCUCGGAGUGCGGGGCGGCGGCGGCACUGAGGGAAGGGCAGAAGGAGGAACUGGAACUGUUUGCCUCAAGAAGGAAGCGGCAAAGGGCGGGCGAGGAAGCGCGCGCGAGGUCCUCGCGGUUGGCUUUGGGGCUCAGGAGAAGGCGCAGCCUCUCAGCCCCUUCGUUUCUCCCGCGGCAGAGCUCGGCGCUGCCAGCUUGUGCAGGGACGACGCUCGGGAAGCCCCAUUUCCUCGGGACAAGCAAGCACGUGCAGGAGGAGGAGGGCGACUUCGGACCUAGUAAUUUCUGCGAAGUGCCUGUGCAGUUUAUCGCGCGUGUCUGCUGUUCGCUUUCCCCGCUGGCUAACAACAACCCCGCGUGGAGUUGAGGCGAAGCUCUGGCAAAGAAACCAAGGGCAGGCCGGCUAGCCCCUCCCUGAGAUAUCGCUCGGAUGGUUGCUUACAUUCCUUCCUCUCUCAGUUUGGCAUGUGAUCCUCAGUUCUUGCAAAACAGCCGGUUCGCUGAGGAACGAGCGGACAGAAAGAAGUGUUUUUCCUUCAUACUUGCAUAGAAUGGCUGCAUACUUGAAAAAGAGAAAUUGGUCUAGAGCAGAGCUGAUACAAAUAUGGGAAAGAACUAUUUUGAUGUAACCCAUCAGUUUACAUGGUGACUACAAAGUAUCCUACAACCCAGCACAAAGGAAACAGGAUACAGAGAGAUACAAAAGAAUGAAGAGACAUAAAUGCUCCUCUAAUUAUCCAACAAGACGGCAUCUCUUGAUCUUGUUUUUAACAGCGUGGCUGCUCUUGCUGCUGAAACUUCUCAGAGUUGAGCUGCUCCCUCACAAAAAUAUUUAUUUUGUAGAACCAUUUUUAAGCACCUCAUCAUUUGUGAAAAACAAAUAUACAUUUUCCCAAAAAGACACCCAGUAUGAGAUUAACUGUUCCUCCAUAUAUAAUCAGGAUCCUGUGGAGAUUGGGAAAACUUUAGAGAUAAGGAGACAAUCCAUUGUCGAUUUAGAUGAUGAAGAUGUUGUAACAAUGACUAGUAACUGUCAGCUGUACCGUGCAAUUAGAGGAUAUCAUCUAAAGCCCGUCUCUCUGGAAGAGGAAAAAUUCCCAUUAGCUUAUUCUCUGGUUGUUCAUAAAGAUGCAAUAAUGGUUGAGAGGCUCAUCCAUACAAUAUACAGCAGUCAAAAUGUUUACUGUAUCCAUUAUGACAAAAAGUCCUCUAGCACUUUUAAGAAUGCUUUGGAUAAUCUGGCCAAAUGUUUCCCCAAUAUUUUCAUUGCGUCCAAAUUGGAGGUGGUGGAAUAUGCCCAUAUUUCAAGGCUCCAGGCAGAUUUGAAUUGCUUAUCUGAUUUGCUUAAGUCCUCCAUCCCAUGGAAGUAUGUAAUCAAUUUAUGUGGCCAAGAUUUUCCUCUGAGAUCAAACUAUGAGCUGGUGUCUGAAUUUAAGAAGUUAAAUGAAGGAAACAUGCUGGAGACAACCAAACCGAGUAGCAGUAAAAAGGAACGAUUUACCUAUCACUACGAACUUCAGAAAAUGCCUUAUGACAUGAACAUGCCUGUGAAAACCAAUAUCUCUAAGGACCUGCCACCCCACAAUAUUGAAGUUUUUGUAGGCAGUGCCUAUUUUGUGUUAUGUCGAGCUUUUGUACAGCAUGUCCUAGAAAGUUCCAUUGCUCAAGAUUUUUUUGAAUGGUCAAAGGACACUUAUUCGCCCGAUGAACAUUUCUGGGCAACCCUUGUUCGUGUUCCUGGAGCACCUGGAGGGAUUUCACGGACAGCCCAGGAUAUCUCAGAUCUUCAGAGCAAAACUCGUUUAGUAAAAUGGAAUUACCUUGAAGACCACCUCUAUCCUCCCUGUACUGGUGCACAUCUCCGUAGUGUGUGCAUCUACGCCGCUGGAGAAUUGAGGUGGCUUAUAAACUAUGGGCACUGGUUUGCUAACAAAUUCGACUCAAAAGUGGACCCGGUUUUAAUAAAAUGUUUGGCAGAAAUGCUUGCAGACCAGCAGAAGGAAUGGGUUGACUUGUCUUCUGAAAAACUUUUUAUGCACAGGACAUUUACAAAUGUCUCAUAACAAUAUAGCAUACCUAUGGUUGGACUUCCGCCAUUUUUUUAAAUGUGGAAUUGCUGGAUCGAGCCAUAUCACUCCUUGGAAUACCUCCUAAAAGCAUCUCUCUGAUCUGUCUCAGUGGAAUUUUAGUACACUGCUAAUACAUGCAAUUAAAUGCAAGGCUUGUUUAGAUCUUUGGAGUAGAGGUA